CAGUAUUCAGUCGGUUACAGUAAAUAAGUGUGGAUGUUUUGUAGUCCACUGUCCAAGCAGGCUUCUAUUGUGUGAAUAUUUUAUACAGAUAAUUGAUUAGUAAGCCUGUAAAAGUAAUCAAUUUUUAAAACUGGAUUUCUCAAGUGGAAAGAACAAUCAUUUGAUAUCUAUUCAAUCCAUGGAGGAAACUUAUGUGAAAGAUUACACAGAAGUAGAAGCCGAGGAGUAUUUAAGAUACAUGAACCAAAGAGAUGAAAAUAGAAAGAAAUGUAAUUUAAAUAUGACAGAAGAAUUAGAAGACAGUCUGCAAAGUCUUUAUGAAGAAGAUCUGGCUAAAGUCUAUCGAGAAUGCAGUUUUACUUACAAUCCAAAAUCUAAUGAUUUAUCUAUUCUGUCUAUGAGGGAUAAGAUAAUCUCAAUAAUCGAGACGAAUUCGGUAAUCAUCAUCCAAGGGCCAACUGGUUGUGGAAAGACCACUCAAAUUCCACAAUUCAUUCUUGAUGCUAAUAUUAAAAAGAGACUCAAUUGCAAUAUUAUAGUUACACAACCGAGACGAAUUGCUGCUAUAAGUAUUGCCAAAAGAGUGAGCCAAGAAGGAAAUUGGCGUCUUGGUAGCCUUGUAGGCUAUCAGGUGGGUAUGCAAAAGGAAGUCUCGCAUGAAACCCGUCUAACUUAUUGCACCACUGAAAUUCUCCUUCAACAUUUGAUUCACAAUAAACACAUGUUGGACUAUACUCAUGUUAUAUUAGAUGAAAUUCAUGAACGCGAUCAAAAUUUGGAUUUUCUUCUAUUAGUUGUUAAAAGAUUAUUGCAAACAAAUUCUGGACAAGUCAAAGUUAUUCUCAUGUCAGCAACAAUUAAUGUAAUAAAAUUUGCAAAAUAUUUUUCUUCAAUAGUAGAAAAUGAAUUAAUCCCGGCGCCAAUUCUCAAGAUUCCUGGGAAGAAAAAUUUUGAGAUUCGUACAUAUUAUUUGGAUGAAAUCAAAAAUUUAGGAAGUAUACCAGAAGUAUCUGUCAUGGAACCAAAGGUCACUCAAAAGAUGCUCAAUUUUUGUUCACUUAUUAUCAACGCUCUAGAUGAAAUUGAUAUAAAUGAUAACGAAAAAGAUUUAAAUUCAUCUCAGAGACAUGCCGUUCUUAUAUUUUUACCAGGAAUUUAUGAGAUUGAGGAAUUAUAUAAUUACUUGUCGUCAACUUAUCAUCAAAAUAAAUUAUGGGACCUAACGAUUUUGCAUUCAUUGGUUUCUGAUGAUCACGAGCAGCAUCGUGUUUUUCAAAAACCACUGGAAGGUUAUAGACGCAUUAUACUUUCUACAAAUAUUGCUGAAAGCAGUAUCACUGUACCAGAUGUAAAAUAUGUGAUAGAUUUUUGUCUUACAAAACUGCUGACAUUUGAUCCCGCGACUCAUUAUCAAAGUUUGCAACUAUGUUGGGCGAGUAAAACAAAUUGUAUACAACGAGCUGGUCGCACAGGUCGUGUAAUGGAUGGCAGAGUGUAUAGAUUAGUACCAAAAGCAUUUUAUGACAAUAUUUUUGAUGACUACUGCGUACCAGAAAUACUUCGCGCCCCACUCGCCAAUGUCGUCCUUCGAGCCAAAAUCCUUGAUCUCGAUGAGCCACGUAUUCUUCUUUCACAUUCUCUUGAUCCACCUACACUUUCCAAUUUAGCAAAUACCAUUUUGAGCUUAAAAGAAGUUGGAGCCUUGGUAGAUGAAGGCGACUCUUUUCAAAUGUUUGACGGAAAUUUAACCGAUCUCGGCAGAGUAAUGGCGACUCUUCCGCUCGACAUUCGAAUUUCGAAAUUGAUUAUGUUGGGGCAUGUUUUCGGAGUCUUACGAGAUGCUAUUAUUUUGGGAGCCAGCAUGACUAUUAAGGACGUCUUCUCUUUGGAGCAAUGCCAUUCCACUGUUUCUUCUUAUACAACUCGGAAAAAAUGGGCCUACGGUUCUGAUAGUGACUGCAUUGCUACUUUAAAUGUUUACAAGAUGUGGCAGAAUGAAAAAGCAAAUCGGCGAUUAAAUUCUUAUCAAGCCGAGAGACAGUGGGCCCAGAGAAAUGGAUUCCAAACAAGAGUCUUGCGUGAAUUAGAUGCUCUGGUGAACGAAAUCACCAUUAGAUUGCAGAGAUUUGGAAUUAAAGAGAGUAUAGGAGUAAAUAAAGUCAUCUGGCAAGGUGCAGAUCGUGAUUUUGUGCUUCAAGUUGCUCUUGCUGGAGCUUUCUACCCCAAUUAUUUUAUUAAACGUUUACAAAAUUAAGAAAUUUAUAAAGAAAAUAUUACAAUGACUUUGAAUUCUUUGGAUCCUAUGAAAACAGUUUAUUUAAGAGGUUGGCCAUUAAAACAGCCUGGAUAUUUAUACGCUGAAAGGUUUCAGGAGAUUUUUGCCAAACAUCAAGGAAUUCUAAAAAAGCAAAUAGAAGUAUCUUUAAAUUUUGAAAGGCUAAAAAAUAAUGUUCCUCAAAUCAGGUCAAAUUUGCCAGGUCUUGAUGUAACUUUUAUACCUCUGUUUAUACAAAAUAUCGUUAGCCCUGGAUCUUUCUGGGCAACUCUUGAUGAUGAUAUUACUCGUAGUAAAUUACGAGUUAUAAAAGAAAUACUCAAUAAACGCCCCUUAAAAAAAUUGCUCUCUAUCCCAAAAAUCUCGACCAUAAUCGCUGCUCCCAUAGAAGAGAAUGAUUCCUUGGUUUACCAUCGUGCUAUAAUCAAGGAAUAUAUUUCAGAAAUCGGAGAACUGGUCGAUGUUUUCUUUAUCGAUUACGGUCAUUUCUCUAGAAUACGAUUUAGUGAUCUAAGGAAAAUUGAUAGUACUACAAUUUUAGCAAUUCCUCCCUUAGCAUUUCGUUGCAAUUUGGCUUUUUUGCGACCUUCGAAUCAACGCAAUCCUCACGGCCAAUGGUCGGAAAGAUCGAGAAAUUAUUUUUUGACACAAAUUAAGAAAACCAAGAAAAUAUUAGGAAAAAUUUAUUCGAUUGUUGAUAGCGUUAUUAAUUUAGAAUUGAUCGUUAUUAAUGAGAAAGAGGAGAGCUUUAAUGUUAAUGAAACUUUAAUUAAGAAAGGAUAUGCUAUAAAAAGAGAAGAAAGCCAUGUGUCACAGCAGAAUCAUGAAUUAAGGGCAAAUAUUAGUAAUAUUAAUGCAAUGUCGAUAGAAGAGAAACAAUUUUACGAAGAGAAACAAUAUGACAAACAUGAAUUAAUGGAAUACCCUAAACCACCUAAAGAAGAAGAUUGCACCUCCAGCGUAAAUCUCCAAGGUCCAUUUUCUCCCUUAGAAAUGGAAUUGAUUCAGUUGACAUUAGGUGGAAGAUUAAAAAAGAUAAAUGUAGAUAUGAAGUCCGUUAAUUCUGUCCUUUUGGAUGAUGAUCUUAAUCAAUCAAGACGUCUUCUAAUUGCCCAAAGCACCACACAGUCGAAUAAAAAUUCUCUAACACUGAGAAAUACCACUUUUUUGCCAAAUAUUCCUGGACUCGCGGCACUGCUCACGCUGAGUUUUGCACCGCGUAUGGAAUUGAGAUGUAAUUCUCGGAGGACUUAUUAUACAGGGGCUUUAUGCGGUUUGGGUCCGAAAGAUAAUUUCACUAAUCGAUCUAUAUUUCCCGAUCAUGAUAUAGAAAUUCAAUUUGACGUUGAAAUCACGAUAGAUGAUGUGAAAGAGAUAAAUAAAUUACGCCAUUGGAUGAAUACUGCGAUGCAACUAGAUAACAUCAGUGAUGAGGAUAUUAUACUUUAUCAAAAUAAAAUCAAACAUAUUUUACUUGAACUAAAAGAGAAACAAAGACAAUCACGAAAUCCAGAAGAUGACGAGAUCGAUCAACUUAGCGAUAAAUGGAAUCGCUAUAACGGACCACAUUUUUUGCCAUACGUUCGAGAAAAUGUGAGAAAAGGCGACGUAUAUCCGUUACAUAAGGCGUUAGAAUUACGUGAAACAAAUGAACAGAUGGAGGAAAUGCUGAAGCAUCUGUCACAAUUACAGAGUCUUGCCUAUGAAGAUGCAAGUGUAGUGGGAAACGUGGCUGCUUUUUGUAAAUUAUGCGAAACGGAAACGUUUGGCUUAUUGCAACUACGCAAUCAUCUUUAUUCAGAGCAACAUGCAGAGAAUGAGAAACUAUUGCACCGUCAAUUACAUUAAGAGAUUGCAAUAUAUUUUUUUUUAAUUUGGGUAUUUCAUCAAUCUCCAAUCCUAUUCCAAAAUACAAAAAAAAAAUGUUCUUACAUAUUAUUUUUUUACUCGCUUCAUUUUAUAGAUUAUGUAUAACAAUUAUGCAUGCAACGAACGUACAGUGAGAACAAUUCUGGUUUAAAGAAACGCUCAGGAUAAAAGGAUAUUCAUAAAAUAGAA